ACUUCGUAAGCGACAGAGUCAUCUGGAGCCUCGCGGACUGUUGUGGUGGAGUAACGUGAGGAACUUUAACCCCCCGAAAAUGGUCAAAUCGGGGAAACUUCGGUCCGGGACGGGGUCGAAACUUAAACGGUGGAAGAAGGGACACAGCAGCGACUCCAACCCGCAGACGAACCGGUUCCGACAGGCUGCUAAGAGCCGAUUCUUCAGCAGACCCUCCGGUGAGUGAGUGAGCUCCGGAUCACACGUGGGUCUGUGGCUACUGCUAACAUUAGCUCCUGUCAGCCAUUUAACCUGCAAAAACUCAAAAUAAAUACACAGUUUUCUGCGGUAAAAUGUGAAUCUGCAGCACCGUAAAGUUGACAGCACUAAAUUAAUCUUUAUUUCUGUAUUUGUGUCAGUUUGAGCAGCUUGAAUGAUAAACUCCUCAGAUUAGUACAGGAGUUUUUAUGUCAACACUAAACUUGAGCUACUGUACUCUUAUACAAAACAUAAGAGUAUCCAGCAGUGUCAGUGUCUUUGUUUUCAGUCUGAUCCUCUGCAAAUGCUUAGUUUGUUCAGGAUUAUAUACCAGAGAGGGGGGCUGUAAUAAGGGGGGAACAUAAAUGUAUUUGUCCGAUUGUCCAUAAAAACUCUGAGAAGUAUGUGCAUUUCUGUCUGUGGCGUUAAACUCUGGAACAGCCUGGAUGUCACUUUAAAAAUGUCCCAAAACAUAAAAAUAUUUCAAUCAAACUAUAAAGAAGUAUUUAAAGAUUCCUAUUAGUAAACUAACAAAAAUAUGGUUUUAUACUAGAUAUACUCGAUUGAAGAGAAGGUAUAUUCAUUCUGAAUAUUAUAACACUGAUUAUUAUUAAUAUAAUAUGCAAAUAAUUAUACUAAGUAACCUAUGUAGUACAGAUCUUUGUAAUACAAAUUGUUCUUAAAAAAUCUCUAAUUUGCAAAGAAGGGGCAGGACUAGAGAAGCUUUUUGCCUUAUCCUGUCCCUGAAACUAUAUGUAUUAUUUUGAUUGGUGUUUUUUUUUUCUAGUUGUUUUUUUUGUUGUUGUUGUUCUUAAAGUUUGAGAUAAAUGGAGAAGAGAGAAGAAAGACCUGUGAAGUUUCUGUUUAGUUCACAAUUGCUAUACAUCUGCAUUAUUUAUAUUGAUGAUUACAUUACUGCAAAUGCCGGUGAUAAAAAUAAAACAACCUCAUAAACACAAAUAAGUGAACUUCCAUCCAGAACUGCCUGUCAUCACUGUGUCUGAUUGGACUUAAAGCAGCCUGUGGUACUUGUUAAUCUCGCUCCAUCCUCUAUUAUAAAAAGAAAUCUGUCAGUGGAAAUCAUCUAAAUCUAAAUUGUCUUUCUGUUGAGGUCAAGUUUUGUAAUGCUUUAUAUUUUCCCUCCUCAGUAAAGAGCGAUCUGACAGUCGAUGCUCUAAAGCUGCACAAUGAGCUGCAGACAGGCUCGCUGGAGGUGGGAGGUCGAAAAGAUGCUGCUAUGGAAGAGGAGGCGGAUGAGGCGUUUUCAGACAGGACCUCAGGUACCUUCCUCAGCGGCCUGUCGGACUGCUCCAACCUCACGUUCAGAAAGGUGCAGCGCUACUGGGAGUCUAAUUCAGCAGCUCACAAGGAGGUAAGCUUAUUUAUUCACUACUUUGAAAAGGACACAGCUCCAAUGACAGAUAUUUGACUCUUGUUGGUCUAAUAUGGUUUUGUUGUCCUUUUGCAAGAGCUAAAAAAAUCACAGUAGCACGUGAAAAAAUGCAAGUAAAUUACACUUUGUAACAAAAACAUUAAAUUGAAAAUGCAGACUUGUCCUGUGUCUUUAAGUCUCUGUUAUGACACUCUGCAGAUCUGUGCCGUGUUGGCAGCUGUUACCGAGGUGAUCCGCAGCCAAGGAGGGAAGGAGACUGAAACAGAGUACUUUGCCGCUUUGGUUAGUCAUGUUUUCUUUUUAUAGAUAAGACUAUGAAGAUGUUACCUCUCAGUUUGUGGUGUGAUUAAAAAGUGACGCAAGGCUUUCUAAAGUCGAACAUGUCUGGGCUUGUUGUAGAUGACCACCCUGGAGGUCGUGGAUUCAGCUGAGUCACAGGCUGCGGUUGCGUACCUCCUCAACCUCGUCAUGAAACGGUUGGACUUCAAUCACAAUUUUCACCUCUGAGAAAUCUUGUCAAAGAAUAUUUGUUACAUCUGAAAGUGUUUCUCCUUCUUUUUGGUGUUUUUUCUCUGUAGAGUUCCCGCUCCGGUGCUCAUGUCAAAGUUUUCAGACACCACUAAAGCUCUGAUGGACGUCAUGUCAAAAGAGGCAACAUCUGAGACGGCCUCAGCUCUCCGAUGGGUGAGAUUUCUCGUCUUUUAGCCUAUUCUAUCUGCCGUCCUUUUUGGUGAAAACUGCACAAACUGAUCAGAUUUUAUUUGCUCAUGUUUGCUCUCACAGAUCCUGUCAUGUCUGGCUACUUUGUUGAGGAAGCAGGAUGCCUCUGUGUGGACUUACCCCACGACUCUGCAGGCGUACCACGGCCUUCUUAGCUUCACAGUGCACAGCAAACCCAGGGUCGGUCUCACCAGCCGAAUGCUAACUCUUUAAACUUAUAUCUGUUCACAAGUGCAUAAUCUUAGAGUCUUCAGAAAUCUUUGUAUUAUUUUUAACAGACAAAAGCCAAUAGAGUCCAGGAAUUCUCAGUCAAUUUUUCAUAAACAAACACUGUCAAAAUUCAGACUACUGCACUGAAAGUUCAGCUUCACUCUUACAAUAGUUUAUUUUCGUUCACUCUUUCCCUUUCAGGUCCGUAAAGCAGCACAGCAAGGCGUCUGCGCCAUUCUCAGAGGGAGCGACUUCCUGUUUAAAGAUGAUGCUCCACCCCAUCACCCCGCUGCCAUGACAACGGCCAAGUUCUGCAUGAAAGAGAUGGAGCAGGCAGGAGGUAGGGCAGGUCGACUGUAAACAUAUGUACACCAGCGUGGUUCUGGUCACACUCUGAUGAUGUUGUGCUUCUGUAUUAUCUCUUAUCUUGUUUUUUUUCCUCCUCAGGCAGCAAAGAGGACACCACCACGCUUCAUGUUCUGGGUCUUCUCAAAGAGCUGAUUGGGACGUUUCCUUUAGGAGCUGUGAAGUCUUGUUGUGAGACUCUUCUGCGAGUGAUGACCCUCAGCCACGUGGUGAGAAAAUAAAGAUGAUUAAAUUCAUCAGAGCAGCUUGAGACACUUUCUGUGUCGACUUACUAACACCGUUCCUGCUCCUGUCUCUGGUUUUAGCUGGUGACGGCGAGCGCCAUGCAAGCCUUUCACAGACUCUUCAGUGGGAAACCAAACGCUUCAAGUCUCUCACCAGAACUCAACGCACAGAUCAUCACAGUGAGUUGAUUUUAAACAAAAUAAAGAUGCUCACACUUAUUAAAAAUACAUUAUUAAAGCUAACAGCUCCUCUCUCUCUUUAUCAGGCUCUGUACGACUACCUGCCCAGUGAGAACGACCUGCAGCCUCUGCUGGCGUGGCUCACCGUCAUGGAGAAAGCACAUGUUCACUUAGCAAGGUUAUUAAACUUUCUAACAAAAUUCACACGAAAAAGCACCUUUACAGCCAGGUUAGUCCUCAGUUUGUGUGUCUGUGUUUAGUUUGCAGAGCUCUCUGAGUUUGGGUCACCUCCCUCGCCUCUUCUCCGCCGCCAUGUCUUGCCUGUUGUCCCCUCACACACAAGUGGUUUCUGCCGCAGCUAAUACACUAAAGGUAAAGAAAAGCCUUUAAAGAUGAAGAGUUAGUGGUUGUUUCUCAUCUUUAUAGAGUUUGUUGUGUUGUUAACUUUUGAUGUGUUUCUGUUUCAGACUUUGUUGACUGAGUGUGUUGCUCCUCACAUCGCGGAAAUAGGGAUGAUAACGCCAACAGCAUCAGCAGGAAACCCUUCUUAUGUCUGCAAAAUGUUUCGGUAAGUGUGCAAACUCUUGGAUAUGUUUAUCGGGGGAAUUCAGAGCCCACGAGGACCAAAAUAAAAACAUAAAAUAGUUAAGAAAAAGAAAUGUAAUAAAAAAAAGGGGGUAGAAAGAAGGGAACAGGAAUAAAAUGGAAUAACAAAAAUGAGCAGAAAAAAACAAUAAAAUCAACAAAAGGCCUAAAAGGUAAAAUAAGAAAAGAUUCUAAGUAAAAAAAAAGGCUAAAAAGACAGUAAGUCUAAAUAAGAUAGAGGGAAAAGAAAAAGGAAAACAUCUUAAAUUCAAAAUCACAUCUUCUAGAUUGAAAUGAAACUUUUGGAUACGAGUUUGUAUUUGCUUUGACAGAGUUUUUAAUCACAAAUGUGAAACAUUAUUUUAGCAUUAAAAGUUUUUCUCUUUAACUUUUUUUUCAGUUUGGGAAAAAACCUCUUCUGUUAAGUUGGGUUAUAAAUUAAUCUUAAAGGCUGUUGAAACUCUCAUCAUACUAAUGUAACUAUACUAAGGCUGUGUGUGUUUGUGUCCGUGUUACAGCAUCGUAGAAGAAGGACUGUCCUAUCGCUUCCACGCCGCCUGGCCUUUUGUGCUGCAGGUUCUGGGCUGCUUUUAUCGCGUGGCGGGGAAGCAAGCUCACCCCAUCAUGACGAAGGUACAGUCAGAGGACUUUGUAGACCAACACACGAGUAAAGAUUAAAAAAAAAACGUUUGCCUGAGUGUUUGUGUGGUGUCCUUUCAGUCUCUACAGUCUGUGGCAGACCUGCGCUCCACCCCUCAGUUCCCCUUCAGCGGGGAGUUGGACCUGGCUGUCGGGGGAGCUGUGGAGAGCAUGGGCCCUGAAGUAGUGCUGGGCGCCGUGCCUCUCAACAUCACCGGCUUCGAGUGAGCGCAAAUGAUACGGGCUGUCAAUCAUUGAGGAUCACACUUGUCGUGAAGUGGUGGUUUUAAUCCUGCUGCAUGAUUUUGUCUUCAGGGAUGAUUUGGAGUUUCCACGGAGCUGGCUGGUCCCUGUGAUUCGUGAUCACGUGAAGAACACUCACCUCGGUUUCUUCACUUCGUAUUUCCUCCCUCUGGCUUCGACGCUCAAGCAGAGAGGUAAACAAAGUGUGGGAGGCUUCAGUUUCGGGUGGUGAGAUGGAGAUGUGGAGUGUUAUUGUACUCAAAGAUUUCUCUGUUUUUGUGCAGCUGAAGAGUUGGAGCAAGCGGGACAGAAACUUGAGGCCAAAGUCUAUCAGAUGUUACAGAUGCAGGUAACUCCACACUGACUUAACUUCAAUGCAGUCAGGGUCAGAAGUUGCAUUCAAUUAGUUUUGAAGGAAUGCAUAUUCGUGUUUCCUCCCAGAUCUGGACCAUGCUCCCAGGCUUCUGCACAUGCCCAGUGGACCUGCUCACAUCUUUUAAAGGCAUCGCCCGUGUGCUCGGCACGGCGAUCAACGAACGUCCAGACCUGAGGUUGACUGUGUGCCAGGCUCUACGCACGGUCAUCAACAAGAGCUGCUCCACAGGUAAGACGGUGUCCUCACAGAGAGAGGAAGUGCGUUUAAAAUAACGACACACCUCAAAGUUUACUCCAAUUAUUCCACUUCUUUUUUUUUUUGCAGAGGAAGAAAAGGUCGAGAUCGGCCGCUUCUCGAAGAACUUCCUGCCGAUCUUUUUCAACGUGUACAGCCAUCAGCCCGCUGCGGGAGAGCCUGCCAGCUACAGGAUGGCUGUACUGGACACCAUCAAGGUCUACCUGACGGUCACAGACACUCCGGUCAGUCCAGUUUAGUGAUCAUCGGUUUGUGUCUGUGUAAUUUUUGUUAUGAUACUGAAUCCUGCAGACAUUUUUUUUUAUGUGUCUUCCAUCCUAAACUGAUUUUGUUUACAUGUCAAAACUCUCAUCCUCAGAUGAUCUGCACAUUCCUGCAAAAAGCCACAGACAGACUGAGCAGCACAGAGUCAACCGAGUUCACACGGUGGGACUGAUUUUAGGUUAAUAACAUGAUAUUCUGUGAAUCACAAUCCUCCUCCUUCUUUCUUAUAUUUGCUUCUCUGUUUUGACUUUUCUUCUCAGCCUGUCAAUGAUGGACCUUGUGAUCGCCAUGGCUCCUUUUGUAGAUGAGGCCACCAUGACUAAAACCUUUGAGCUCAUCAGGCCAUCUUUGGAGGUGAGGGUAUAAACGAGGGCUUGUACCCCUCAGGAUCCAGUCCAGCGUCUCAGAUUUUGCUGUAUAAUAAGAAUCUUUCGCUAUUUUUCCUCCAUUUUUUUAUUCAGUGUGUUUUAUUCAGCUUACUUUGUGUCUGUCUGUGAAUUUUGUCCUCAGACCAAAGACCCAGGCAUGCAGAAGAAGGCGUACCGCGUCCUGGAGGAGAUGUGUGGAGGAGACCGAGACGAGUGCAGGUCGUUUGUCCUAGCCAAUUUGGAAACGCUCAAAGCCGUCCUGCUCGAGACUCUGAAAAACGCCUCUUCACCUGCAAAGAGGGUGAGACUGCAGCGUCGAGAGGAAUAACACAAACGAAGUAAAACGUCAUUUACAGCUCUGUCUGAUUGGACCCUCAUGUUUGCCUCUUCACAGCCGAGACUGAAGUGUCUGAUCCACAUCGUGAAACGGCUGAGUGAGGAACACAGAGACUUCAUCACCGCACUGCUGCCCGAGGUAAAAACAAGAAGAAGUGACCGCAGACUCUCAGACAAAAAGACGGAUCAUUUUCACACAAAGUUGUCGUCACUUUCAGGUGAUUAUCUGCACAAAGGAAGUUUCUGCUGGAGCUCGUAAGAACGCCUACACGCUGCUGGUGGAAAUAGGAAACGCUUUGGUACGCUUCUGUGGAAACACGAAAGGUAAUAAUGAACCGCCUUAAAGUUUAUUUAGGUCAAAUAAUAAUAAUGAUAAUAAUAAUAAUACAUUUUAUUUGUAACGCGCUUUUCAAGGACGCAAAGACGCUGUACAUGAAUAAAAUCAAGAACAAUAAAACAAAUCAAUAUACAAUAAAAUAUACAUCAAUCUCAAUAUAAUAUCUUUAUUCGGAUUUUUUCACUUUAAAACACAUUAAAUUUGAGCAGGAAUACAGUGUAAUAUUAAUUUAAUGAUUAAUUCGUCUGUCUUAUCCAGAUGCCAUGGAUGAGUACUUGAUGCUGGUGUACGCAGGACUCACAGGCUCCGUCACCAUGAUCACCUGCACAGUCCUGGCUCUAACUCGCCUGGUGUUUGAGUACAAAGGUCGGCUCUCCAGGUUUAAUCUAGAUUCACUUUAAGCUCUUCAUACUCAUGUUUGUAAACAGCACUUAAACCGGUCUCCUUUGCUUACUCAGAAGCCAUAGACUCGAGUUCCCUGGAGCAGCUGCUGCACAACAUCUGUCUGCUGCUCACGUCUCGGACCAGAGAAAUCGUCAAAGCCGCCUUGAGCUUCAUUAAAGUCGUCCUCUUUAUCUUGGAUCCCAAGACGCUGGCAUCUCACGCCACAGUCAUGGUAGGUGGUGAAUGAAGACGCUUCUGUCUGCUGCAGGAGAUGGUUUUCUUCUUUGUUUUGUGAAGUUUAAACUCUGUCUGUGUGUUUGUGUUCAGAUGGAGGGAGUCGGAAACAUCAAGGAUGACGUGAGGAGACACUUCAGAACCAAACUGAAGAAUAUUUUCACAAAGUUCAUCAGGAAGUUUGGGUAAGAAUUAAUUUUCUUUCUUUAAGCUUCUGUCUUAUCUGCCUGUAAAUUCUGGACCAACAUGUUGUCUCUGUGUGUCUUCAUAAAGCAGUCUGUCUCUGGUUUUGAUCUCGCUGAGGUCCAGAUCUCUGUAGAUGUUUCCAAAUUUACACGUUUGGUUCGAUAAAACUCUUUAAUUUUGUUAUUAUCAUACAGUGAAAAAGAUGUUAUUGGGUGUCUGCUGCUCAGAUUGACCAUCAGCAGAUCAGCUUCUCUCUCUCUCUCUCUGUCCCUCUUUAGCACUCAGCCAGGUGCAAGUGAGUUGCUAUGGUUACAGGGACACUUUCACUGAAAUUUUUGGGUGACCCCCUCAGUUUUCCAGUCAAGUUUUCCUUAAAACUGCUCGACUGAAUAAAUCAUAGAAAUUCAUCACAACCAGAAUUUUAAGUUCCAUUGGUUGUUUUGGGUUCUGCUUAUUUAAUUUAUUUAAAUGAUAUUUGUUGGCGACCAGUUACCAAACCAGUGUCGUUGAAAUACAGAAUAUUUGAGAAAUGAUCAUAUUGAUGUACAGAUCACAGGCGGACAUUAACAAAAGGAUGUUUUGUUCAAAGAUGGAAACACAAUUCUGUGCACAUGAACACAGCUGACACUGUAUUUGAAAAGUGAAAUUAAGGUUUAAAAAUAAGAUUUUUAAUUUUCAUCUGUACUAUUUCUUUAUUUGGCCUGCAUUCCCCUCUCUUUGUUUUUUAGUAACUCAUUUUUUAUUCCGUCUUAUUGGUCAUCAAAGUGUCGUAAUCAGAAUCUGUGUUUAUUUUAUAUGAUAAAGAGUGAAAUUUUUUUUAAUGUGGGUUAUUUUAUCGUGUACGUGUUUGUUUUUGUUCUCCCUUUUCCAGUUUUGAGCUGGUGAAGAGCAUGCUUCCCGCAGAGCAUCACAAAGUGCUCGCAAACAUCCGCAAAGCCGAAGCUCGUACAAAGAGACGGAAACAGGCGGCAGAGAAGCACGAGGACUCGGAGAGCGAAGAGGAGACUCCUAAAGCGAGUAGCAAAAGGUAGAUUUCUGUUCCUGACUCAAACUCUGCUCCCUCCUCAUUCUUAUACUUAAUAAAACCUUAAAAACUCCCUGUUUCCUCCUCUCCUCUGCAGUAUUGAGGAGAUCCUCGCAGAGUCAGACAGUGAAUUAUCAGAAGACGAAGGGAAGGCUGGAAAGGCUCAGAAGAAACCCGGCAAACAGCAGAAAGGACGAGCGUGGCUCAAAGAAGGAGAGGAAGAUGAUCCACUUAACUUCCUGGAUUCCAAAGUUUCCCAGAGAGUGUUAGGUUAGUUCCUGAGUCUGCACAAGAACUUGUUCUGAAGAAGCCGGUUUUAUGCGCUGUGGCUUAUCUCCUUCGUGGUUUUUGUCCUCCUCAGCCACCAACCCAGAGCUGAAGAAGAGCUCUAAGGUGGAGCAUGGCUUCAAAGUAACAUCAGACGGACGGCUGAUCAUCAGAGAGGAUGAGGAGGAGGACGGUAAUGAGAAAGGUGAGAGGAAACUCAUCAUGUUGAAGUAAAUCGCUUUAUGUUUGAAUACGCGGGGACUUUAACCUGUUUGUUCCUCCAACAGAUGAGGGCGAGAUGAAAGAUAUCCUAGAAGAAGCUGGAGUCAAGAGUGUGAGUACUUAAAGAUACGGCCAUGAAGCUUUUAUCAUUGAUCAGAUCAUUUAUCAUUUUAACUUUUUUCACCUUCAGAGAAAGACGCAGAAAAGGAAGUUCAGAGACGACAACUUUGACGAGGACAUGGAUGUCGAACCUCAGCUCAAAUAUAAAGGUAGGACUCGUUUUAGGGCGAUAAUAACACAUCUUUAACCUCCUUUAAACAUGAGUCUUUGUUGCAUUAAUAGAAUAGAAUAUUCCUUUAUUGAUCCCCCAUGGGGGAAAUCUUUUUGCCACAGCAGCGUCACAGACAAAGGUAGUGCAAAAAUGCGGUUAUAAAAAUAAAGAUCGUAAUAUUAAGAAACUAAAUAAAUGUUAUAAUUAAGAAAAAAAAUAGAAAAAGGAAAAAUGGAGAAGAAAUUAAAAUAAAAUAAGAUAAAAUAAAAUAAAACUAUAUACAAUAUACACAAUUUCAGCUGGAGGCUCGGGUAUCCACAGAGCGCUGGGAGGACGACCAGAAGUCGGUGCUGAUUACCAGUCAAAGGUGAGUCACACAGCAUGCAGAAAUAAACACGACAGAGGUGUUUGUUUGUGAACUUGAACACUGAGUUUCUUUAUUUUCAUCUUCCUGCUCUCAGAAAGGAAAAGGAGAUGUGAAGAAGAAAGGAAAACUCGAUCCUUACGCUUACAUCCCUCUGAAGAAGGCCCAGCUCAACCGCAGGUAUGAGCAACAAACUUUUUAUCAUCGCAACUUAUUCAGAGUUAAUUUUAACAGCAGCGUCAAAGACUGAAAUGUUUUAUUCUGUGCGUGUCUGCAGGAAACGGGCCAAACUCCAGGGCCAGUUUAAGGGCAUGGUGAGGGGAGCCCAGAAGGGGGCGCUGUCUGGAAAGAAAAUGCAUAAGAAGAGGAAAGCCUGAGGAGCACCCUCGAAUUAAUCAAUGGACUUAAAAUGUGCUGUGUGUUCAUAAACAUACAAAGAUUAUGGAUUUACACUUUAGAUGUGUACGUGUGUGUGUGUCAUUGAAGGUGACACACAGGUUUGUUUUCAUCGUUCUGAGCUGCAGAGAUUUUAGACUGAUGUCCUGCAGCUUUCAUGAGUGUGUGAAUGUGUCCCAUUUUGAUCAACUAGAACAUGUAUUUAUGAGUGACGACUGUGGAGCAGACAAUAACACUGAUUUGGAAAGAGCAACCUCUGCUUUUGUUGUUAGUUUGGUCACUUUGGGGCGCUGUAGACCUCUGUGAAUGCCUUCAAGAUGACUGUGAAACAAAUAUAAAGCUGCUUUUGCUCUGAACAGAAUGAAACAAUAUUGAGUAAAUGCAGUUUUUCCACAAAAGAAAACAGAGAUCACCUCCA